AUGGUUCGAUCUUAUUUAAGUAUAUCCAUUGCUUUCUUUUUUGUCUGCCUUCAUUGCAUUGCUGAAAUUUUGAGAUCGAUCUGGCAAUGGGUAUUCCCAAUUCGUCCGAAAUCUCUCCACAAUGAAAUUAUAGUCAUUACAGGGGCUGGUAGAGGAUUAGGUAAAGCUUUGGCUUUAGAAACAAGUAAAUUGGGUGCUAUUGUGGUCAUUUGGGAUAUCGAUUCAGCCGCCAAUCAAUCUGUUGCUUGUGAUAUACGUAAUUCUGGUGGAAUAGCUUAUGAUUAUACGAUCGAUAUUACAAAUAAAGAAGCUGUUUAUGCAACUGCAGAAGCUGUCCUGACUGACAUUGGACCUGUAUCUCUGCUAAUUAAUAAUGCUGGUGUGGUCAAUGGUAAAACUUUAAUCAACAGCUGUGAUAGUAAAAUUGAAAAAACUUUAAAUGUCAAUAUGGUUUCCCAUUUUUGGACAAUUAAAGCUUUCUUGCCUUCCAUGAUGGCAAAAAAUCACGGUCAUAUCGUUGGGAUCGCAUCUCAACUCGGAUUUAUUGGUGCAGCUGGUCUAGUUGACUAUUGCUGUUCUAAGUUUGCAGUACUUGCUCUUGUCGAUUCAUUAAGAGAUGAAUUAUGGAUAUCAAAAUUUGAUGGUGUACAUUGCACAUGUGUUUGUCCCUUCCUCAUGGAUACUGGUUUAUUUCAUGGUAUUACUAUAAGAUUUCCUACGUUAUUCACUGCCAUUAAGGCCGAUGAUGCUGCAAAAUAUAUAAUUGAUGGAAUUCGUCGAAACAAGCAAUAUGUUACUCUACCGAAAUUAUUGUAUUUGGGUACCGUCCUAAAAAGCAUACUACCUGUUCCAGCACUCAAUGAAUUGUUGACUUUUGUUGGAAUGCAUGAUGCAAUGAAAACAUUUCAAGGACAUUGA